AUGGAGGACCCCGCGCACCGGCCUAUCGAGCUCCAGUCCCCGGAAGACCUGACCUACCUCAUCGAAAAUGUCCGCCGUGCCGCAGCAGACAGCAUCAACGCCGCCUUCCCGCCAGUAGAUGGGCCACCGGAUGGGCAGGAAGACGAGCUGCGCAACCGCAUAGAGCAGCUAGUCAAUGACUACAUUCAAACAACAUUCACCCUCGCCGCCCCAAACCUAACCAUCAACGGCCUCCCCGUCGACCCCUCCCAAUUCCUCUCCUCUCACAAUAAUCCCAACGACCCCCAAGCACCCCAAGUCCAAUACGAAUACGAGCCCUUCGACCCCCGGAAGCGCGAUCGCAUCGAGCAACUCAUCUCUGAGGAAGAAGAUCUGCUGCGCUCCAUUGCCCAGCUGAAGCGUCGCGUGCCGCGCGCGACAGCCUCCAAAUGGGCGGAGGCGACCAAGGCCGGAAUCGCGGCGGACGAGGAGGCGUUGAAGGCGGUGUGCGAUAAGGUCGCUGGGGAAGGGAGCGUGUCCGGCAAGAAGGCGCUAGAGGGCAUGGGGGAGCUGGAUCGGCAAGCGGGUGUGGAGGAGAGGUUUAGAGCUGCGGUGGAAGGUUUGGGAAGGUUGAAGAGGGAUAUGCCGGCCACUGCGGCCAAGAUGGAGCGAGCGAGGGUCGCGGCGGGGUAUGUUAGUGGUGAAGGGGAGAGGUAGCCGGGACGGGAUGGGGAGUGGCGUUUCUAGGUCGGAUCAGGUAUACAUCUUGUUGUACGGAGCUCGGGCACACGGGUUGGGAUUCAUGGCAGGAACUGCUCUGAGAGAAGGAAAAGUGCAAGGAGUCUAUUGUAUGUCCAUGCAAAUCGA